CCGGGCGCCCGACCGGAGGUGGGGGGGGCUCCUCCAGCCGCCGCCGCCCCCGGCCCGCUCUGGGCCUCGCCGGGACGCCCCCUGGAGCGCACCCGCCGGCGCACGCAGGCCCCCUCCCGUUCCCCCGCGCCUGCUGGAGCCCCCCGGGCGCCCGGAGGGUCCGGAUGCCCGCGCUGCGGACGAUGCUGGCGCGCGGGCCCGCGCCGGGCCAGGACGCAGCGCGGCCGCCUGUGCUCCCGGCUCGCCGGCUCCGCGCUCGCUCCGCCGGGGCCGCCGCCAACGCCGCGCCCGCCGCCGCCGCCUGCGCCCGCCGCUCCCUCUCCGGCCGCCGCCGCCGCCGCUCCGCUCCUCUCGCCUGCCCGGCUCUUCUCGCCUUUUUUCCCCUUCCUGGCGGGGGGGGGGGGGGGGCGAGCCAAGCCGAGCCGGGGGCGGGGCGGCGCGGGGAGGAGGAGGAGGAGGCCGAGGACGAGGAAAAGGAGGAGGAGAGAGGCGAGAGCUGCUUCCCCCCACCCGGCUGCCGGCGCUCCCCAAUCUCUCGCUCUCUGAAACUGGAUCCCGAAUCGGGAGCCAGAGACUGCAUUACGGAUUACAUCAGGCUUUAUAGAGCUUCCAGAUCACACAUUAGAGGGGGAGCGCUAGCGGGGGGCGGGGGCGUGGGGGGAGGGGAGCGAGAUAAGGGGGGGCGGAUAAAAUGCACACACGCGCGCACACCUAGGAGAGCCCGGUGCCUGCCCCGCUCAGCAGAGAAGCCAAGAGUUGGGUUCCUGCUCUCGGCCUUCUCCAGGAGCAGGGGAGUGGCCCCACUGGCUGGCUGGAUGAUGGAUGGUGGACGGCAGGACGGACACACAGAUGAAUGGAGGGAAGGAAGUGAGGGGUUGUGCCUAGGCAAUGCAGGACCGCUGGACAGGUACCCAGAGGGAGCCUUCCCAGAAGGAAGGACCUUGGAGAAGUGACUGCGGGAUCCUUCUCCACCAAGAUGCUUCUGCCUCAACCCUUUUCUCCUAGCCCUCAACGUGUGGUCCACUCUGAGCGCAAGUCCCCCUGUGUGGAUGUCCAGCACUCUGCACACUGAAGCAUCUCUCAGCAGGUCACGCUGCUGCUGCUACCCAGGCCCACCGUCGGCCUGGCUGCUUCUGUCAGCCCAUCAGCCAGUCUCCACUGGGUACCACCAUUGCCACCACCAACACAAAUUCACAAGGACCGCCACCACCCCUACCUGAAUGUCAGCACCCACCCCACCCUGUCCUCCCAUGGCCCUCAACGGCAGUCACCACCGUCACAACACAGGUCACCAGGAGACCAGGGAACUCAAGCCCACCGAGCCCCUGGGCAUGGCGCACAGCUCGCCGGACUCUGUUGUGUCCAUAUCAGUCCCCUCCUCAAGGCUGAUCUGUGGCCAAGGCUCCUAGGGGUGUCCACAGGGACUGGCCAGAAGUUGCCCAGAGACACAGGCCACAGGGCAGCCAGGAAAGGGCAGGGGCAGUCCGCUUCCCGGUCCAACCUCUCGGGCAGUGUCACACCUCCUUCCUCCUGGGGAAAAGGCCUUCUUCUCCAAGGCUUUGACAGGAUUGUUGACAAAAGGGCAGGGUGCCCGGGCUGCCUCUGAGGAUCCCCUGCCGAGUGGCACCCCCUCCUCCCAGUCCUGGCGGCGAUGCCCUGCCGUCUCCUCACUGCACCAGCAGUCAUGGCCACCAGGGGGCGGCUGAUGUCAGGCCAGGAGGCCAGCAGCUCUGAGUCAGGACUCAGCCUUCCUCCUUGGAGCCCAGAGGGUGGCAGCGAUCCCGGUGCCUCCGCUGGGGAAUCCAGCCCCAGGUUCUCAGGGCUGGGGCCUUCUCCAAUGCGGCCAUCCAGGGUGAGGCGGUCUCCCGUCUGGGCCCAGCUUUCUGCAGGGCCUUUCCUCUCCCAGCACGGGGCCUUCUCUGCUUCCCUCCCCAACUCGCCCCUUUUAGAAAAUCGCCCUCUCAGCCCGGCUCCUGAUCCAGGACUCAGAGGGUUCCACCUCCCACCCCCGGCCCAGCCCUCAGCCCCUCCCCAGGGAGGGAGAAGGUCAGGUGUAAGGAGUUCUGCCCACCGAGACCAGCUCCCAGCAGGGCGCCCUGAAGCAGUCCCGCUCACCCCACCUCAGCCCCGUCUCCCUGUUGGCACGUGUGUGUCUGAAUGGCUUUGAAGGUAUCUUCCAGCCUAGACACUCCGGGAUUCUAGAACCUAAACCGGCAACUGGCUUUCAGGAGGCUUGCCUCAGUGUGCACCCUGAACUCCCUUCCCCUCACCUGCUCACCCCCUUCCCUGCCCGCCACUGCACGUCUCACACCCAGAUCGGCUUCCUUUCAGGGUCCUGUCCACAGCCUGAAGAACCCAGGGUGGGCCCAGCACUGGGAGGCUGGAAUUGACGGUCCCUGCUGGGGACCACACCCAGCUGGACGCUGGGCCCUAGAACCUCCUCGCGCAGCCCAGAGGGAUUGUAACCCAUGGCAUCUUCUCAGUGUUCUCCAUAGCCACAAAAUGAUCCCUGGCCACAGCCACUCAGCUGUGACCCUGCCCCCAACAUUGGAAUCAAUGACCACUGACCUUGGUCACACGCUGAACCCUGAUCCUGGUCGUACACUGAGCUCGGUCACACGCUGAACCCUGAUCCUGGUCACCCACUGACCUUGGUCACAUGCUGAACCCUGAUCCCGGUCACCCACUGAGCUUGGUCACACGCUGAACCCUGAUCCCGGUCACCCACUGAGCUUGGUCACACACUGAGCCCUGAUCCUGGUCACACACUGAGCUUGGUCACACGCUGAACCCUGAUCCUGGUCACACACUGAGCUCGGUCACACGCUGAACCCUGAUCCUGGUCACACACUGAGCUCGGUCACACGCUGAACCCUGAUCCUGGUCACACACUGAGCUCGGUCACAUACUGAGCCCUGAUCCUGGUCACACACUGAGCUUGGUCACACGCUGAACCCUGAUCCUGGUCGUACACUGAGCUUGGUCACACGCUGAACCCUGAUCCUGGUCACACACUGAGCUCGGUCACAUACUGAGCCCUGAUCCUGGUCACACACUGAGCUUAGUCACAUGCUGAGCCCUGAUCCUGGUCACACACUGAGCUUAGUCACAUGCUGAGCCCUGAUCCUGGUCAUACACUGAGCUUAGUCACAUGCUGAGCCCUGAUCCUGGUCACACACUGAGCUUGGUGACAUGCUGAACCCUGAUCCUGGUCCUACAUUGAGCUUGGUCACACACUGAACCUUGAUCCUGGUCGUACACUGAGCUUAGUCACAUGCUGAGCCCUGAUCCUGGUCACACUGAGCUUGGUGACAUGCUGAACCCUGAUCCUGGUCGUACUCUGAGCUUGGUCGCAUGCUGAACCCUGAUCCUGGUCGUACACUGAGCUUGGUUGCAUGCUGAGCCCUGAUCCUGGUCACACACUGAGCUCUGGCCACACACGAGCUUCCAUCCUGGUACAGACUGAGCCCUGAUCCCAUGACCGCUUUUCACAUCCAGAGCUUUGGUCCCAAGGCUAAGUGUAGACUAAGGCGUCCCUGAUUGGUGGGAAACAGAAAGGGGGGUAUGAGGCCUCAGAGUGGGGCAGCAGGAAGUGUGCCUCAAAGUCCUGUAUUUCCAGCCAUUUUCACAUAGGACUGUCCCAUCCUCAGGGAGGGGGGUGUUUGUUUGAGGCCACAGGGGAGCCAGGGCAGUCUACAACCCAGCUCUGUGACUCCCGUUUCGUGGUCCCCCAGAGCCGUCUGCAGGGCCCCCCAGGGCAGAAUGAGGGCACUUUGUAUCAGCCAGUGCUUCCUAGGGCUGAGGUCGCAUGGGGGCGCAGGAGGAAGGGGACCCCUGGUCCUCUCGAGGUACUCAAUGGACUUUGCCAGCCAGAGGCUGAAGGGCCUCUGUGUGGGGGUGACCAGAAUGGCGAGGACUUAGUGGAUUCACAUGCAGAGGAGAUAACUGUGGAUGCAGCAAGUCUAGGCUAGCCUCCCAGUCAGGACCCUUGGAGCCCCUGCCUACUGCCAUACAGGACCCUGAGGCCUUGCCCUUGCCCAGCCUGUCCUGGUGCAUCCUGGCCCCCCUCCCACCCCCAGCUCAGCCUGAAGGUGCCCCAAACUGUGCAGAUGUUGAGGAAGGAUGGGAAAAGAAGAGAGACUGUCGGAGAGCAAGUGAUAGUGAGGGCAGAGGCUCCUGUUAACAAGGUUCUAACAGUGUGGUGCACCCGGCCUCCUUUUCCAGGAAGCCUCCCCUGGUCUUCUGGUUGGCAGGCAUGGCCCCUUCCUGUGUCCCAGGCACAUUGCAGGUCCUCUGUCUCAGCACACCCAUCAGCCAGCAAAGGCAAACAUGGCCAGGACCCUCCCUGGUUCCUCUGCCCAGAGGCCCCAUCUGCUGCCUGGAUUCAGAGGAGGAAAGCAGCCAGUCCCUCCACCCAGGGCUCUGCAUCCCAAGAUGGGGGACAGAGACAAGGCACAACCUGGCUCCCAGGCAGAUGCACAGCCAGCUUCAAUUCUGUGACAUUCUGCAGUCCCUCUGUGGCUCUCAGCCUGCACCCAGGCCAGGCAGCGUGGGGACCCAUGGAGGUGACUCCGGCGUGCUCUGCUCUCCAGCCAUCCCAGUUCAGGGCCUGAGUCAUGGGGAGGAGUUGCGAGGAGGUGGCCUCCUGGCUGCCACCAACCCAGGUUUCCAGGAAGACAGAGAGGACCCAGGGAGGCUGCCUUUCCCUUCCCCCAUCCCCCAUCCCCCUCCUCUCUUCCUCCCUGGCCUCCCCUCGCCUCUGUCCUGGACAGCCCACCCCUGGACUGGGGCCAGCAAAGGUCAGAGAAGGCCCAACCCUUAGGCCCAGGCAUCCGAGUCCAGAGCCAAUCUCUGGAUGCCUCUGUCCAUGGAACUGCCUGUGAUGGUGGCAGCGUUCUGUGUCUGUGCCGUCCAGCAUGGCCACCACUGGCCUUAGUGGCUACCAAGGGCAUGAAGUGUGGCUUGUGGCCUGGGGAACUGAAUUUUUAAUUUGACUGACUGUAAUCCAUUUCCAGUUAGAUAGCUACAUGUGGCUGGUGGCUACUGUAUUGGAGAGUGGUCAUCCCCGCCGGGCCCGCCUCCACCCAGGUCCUGAGGCUUCCUCCAAGGUGGGGUUCCCAGGCAGGGGGUGUGUGACACUCGUCACUGGCUGGACUCCAGCAAGUGCGCCUCCUGUGGCUCCAGGUCGUGCCACCCAGCACCUCUCCCCACACCAGGGACCCUGGGGGCACCUUGGGAGGAAUGGCUGGGUGCUGGCCCCUCCCUGCUCCAGCUGUGAACUUCAGACCAGUGGCUCACUCCGCCUGCACCUUCUCUGUUUUGCCUGUAAAGAGGAGGCAGCAACAGGACCUACCUAGGCAGUCUGUCUCAUGAUUAAACGAGCAUCUGUUGU